AUGGCGAAGACGCUGCUGGAGCAGGUGUCGCGCAGUGGUCCUUUGGACUGUCCAAGUGUCAAGGUGUCCAGCACGGGCUCAAGCAGCAAAUGCGUGGAGGAAUUUGAGGUUGAGCACAAGUUCAGUGUGAAGAACUUGCUGCCCUCGCGGCUGAAUGCCGAUGUUUGCGCGCGAUAUGACUUCGAUAACGAGCAGAUCGGCCAAGGCGCCUUCGGCUCUGUCUUCGUGGCCCGGGACAAGCGGCAACAGGAGCGCAAGGUUGCAGUGAAGAAAAUGCUGAUCAUGGAUGGUGAGCAAAAGGAAUCUUUUGAGAAAGAGGCCCAGAUUAUGAAAGACUUAGAUCAUCCCAAUAUUUGCAGAUUGCUGGAGGUCUAUCAGAAGGGGCGCUUCAUGUACUUCGUCAUGGAACUUUGCGAGGGCAAGGAUGUCUUUGACCGAAUGCUGGAGCAAGAGGAGCAUUCCUUUGGAGAGCCACAAGCUGCCGACAUCAUCCGCCAGGUCGCCAGUGCCUUGCACUACGCGCACAAUCUCGGCAUUGCUCACCGUGAUAUUAAACCCGAGAAUCUGGUCUUCGUGAGCAAGGACCCAAACAGCAAUCACGUCAAGGUCAUUGACUGGGGCCUGGGCUUCUACUUUGGGGAUCAUCGGAUGAAGUCCGCCGUGGGCAGUCUUCAGUACUGCGCGCCGGAGGUCCUACAGGCAGACCACUGGACGGCUGGCUUCAAAUCCGGAUACUCCUGCGCCUGUGAUUUGUGGAGUCUGGGUGUUUGUACCUAUGUGAUGCUGUGUGGCAAGCCACCCUUCUGGGGAUGUAUGCAUCAGCAGUUGAAGAUGAUGAAGAAGGAGAAAUUCCCAAUGGAAGAUGAAGUUUGGCAAGCGAUUUCACCAGAAGCAAAGGAUUUGGUCAAGAGUUUGCUUAGAUUGAACCAGAAGAAGAGGUUGUCCCUCGACAAAGUUCUUAGCCAUCCCUGGUUCACCGUGCAGAACCUUCGCACGAGACAACUCUCUGGGCAGGUGGCACGACGUGUGCUGGCCAAUAUGAAGAACUUCAGUAACUUGGAUCACUUCUAUUCCAUCUGUGUGGCGGCUGUGGCCCGACAACUGGACAGCCGAAACCUGAACGAGGUGCACAAAGUCUUUUGCAAUCUGGAUCGAAAUGGCGAUGGCGUCCUCACCCUCGAAGAGGUGAAGGAAGGGUUUUCCUUUAUCUAUUCGCCCAACUCACCGGAGAUGCAAGAGUUGGAGCAGAUCUUUAGGAUGUUGGACAAGGAUGGCUCAGGUUACAUCGACUACACCGAGUUUUGUGCUGCCGGCGUUGGGGAGCGGAUCUUCCUGGAGGAGUCGGCCUUGUGGGGUGCGUUCGAUGCUUUCGAUUGCGGGGCGCACGAUGGAAAAAUCACCCUGGAUGAAAUCACGCGCGUUCUCUCCAAUGCCGAUGUGAAGAAAGUGUGGUCCAAAGAUGUGUUGGAUGAGACAGCCAAGAAGGCGCUGGGCCAUUUUGACCAAAAUGGAGACGGAAGCAUUACCUUUGACGAGUUUUGCGAGUUGAUGCGAAACCACGCUGCCUCCCGACGCCAGGCACGAACGCAAUUGGCAGCCAGUACUGGCCUCAUUAGUGAAGAGAUUGGAAAGCUGGAAGAUAGAGUUACCAUGGAGGCUAAGACCUUCGCUGGGAAAGACUUCACCAGAGCAUAUUCUAUCGAUGCUUGA